CAGGAAUCUUGUCUAUAGGUCAAUUUAUGUUAGACAUAGUUAUAAGCUACAUCUCUGAUUGGUUCAUAUUAUCCAAUAACAAAAUGACUUCUACUCUUUACGUGUAUAAGUGGGUCUAUGCUUGUAUGUGUGUGUAUCACUAAUUUUUUGUUUCAUCUAACAAUUGAAAUAAGUGUAAACAUUUUUCCUCAUUAUUAUUAUUAUUAUUAGCUUAUUUUCUCAGAAGAAUAUACAAGAGCUAUGGAACAAGAACAUCAUACUGGUCAUUUUGCUUGUCAUAGUUGUGAUGUAUCAUUAACAGGACAACGUUAUAUAUUACGUGAUGAUGAACCACAUUGUUUAGCUUGUUAUGAAGCAAAAUUUGCUAAUACAUGUGAACAAUGUAAAGAAAAAAUUGGUUGUGAUUCAAAAGGUAUGCUAAAACCGGAAGUUGGCAUUACAUCACUUAUUCGAGAUGCAUCAGAGCCUAUACGGAACGCAGUUUAUACAUCAUCUCAACAAUCCAAUGUUAGAUUUCAUCCAAGUUGUCCAAUGCCAUAUAUACUUGGUCCUGGUUAUAGCGUCGGACAAGCAUGGCAAUGUGAUACAAUCAAGGAUCUUUCAUUUAAAGAAAGACAUUGGCAUGAGAAAUGUUUUAAAUGUUCUGCUUGUACUACUUCAUUAGCUGAUCGACCAUUUGCUACAAAAGAAGAACAAUUAUAUUGUUCUGAUUGUUAUGAUGAACGUUUUGCUGCAAGAUGUGAUGGUUGUCAAGGUGUAUUCAAAGCUGGAAUGCGUAAAUAUGAAUAUCGUGGACAACAAUGGCAUGAAGAAUGUUUUUUAUGUGUUGAAUGUAAACAACCAAUUGGUGCAAAAAGUUUUAUUCCACGUGAAAAUCAAGUUGUAUGUGUACCAUGUUAUGAAGCGAAAUAUGCUCAACGUUGUACUAAAUGUUCAGAAGUUAUACGUCGUGGUGGAGUUACAUACAAAGGAAAUCCAUGGCAUAAAGAAUGUUUCACUUGUACUAGUUGUUCUAAACAAUUAGCCGGUUUAAAAUUCACUUCUAAAGAUGAACAACCAUAUUGUGCUGAUUGUUAUGGUGAAUUAUUUGCUAAGAAAUGCACAAAAUGUACCAAACCGAUUACGGGAUUUGGUGGUUGUAAAUUCAUUUCAUUCGAAGAUCGUCAUUGGCAUUCAGAAUGUUUUCUAUGUGGAAAAUGUAAUUCUAAUCUGGUUGGUAGAGGUUUUCUUACCAGUGAUGAUAUGAUUAUGUGUUCUGAAUGUGGUCGUUAACUUUGACAAACACAAUCAGUACACAAAAAAAAGAAUAAGAAAAAAAAACAAGCAGCAGAUAUAUCUAGUCAAAAGUGCGUGGUUCAUUCAUUGAUUCGUUCAUUCAUUCGUUCUUUUUUUCUUUGUUUAUUCAGCUUUAUGAUAUCCAUUUAUUUGUUAUGUUUGGUUACUAGUUAAAUCUCCUUAUAACCAUGUUCAUUCUAAUAUUCAUAAUGCAUUUAUAUAGACCAACAACAAUAACAAAAAAGUUUUGAACCAUGACUUCAAAAAGCCAGACCUUAAAUGUUCAUUGUUGCUCAUUCACUAUGAAAAUUCUAUUCUAGUCCUUCUUCUUCUUCUUCUUACCCUUCGAAUAUAUUGAUUUAAUAUGUGUGUUUUUUUGUACUGUUUUUUUCUCUGUCUCUUCGAUUGUCUGUUUUGAUGAUGAUGAUGAUGUCCAAAACUGUCUUCCUUUUUCAUAGACAUUCAAAUGAAUGAAUGAACAUAUAUAUAUAUAUAUAUAUA